UGUAAUCCACAAGGCAUUUGCUGUUCUCCGUGGAGUAGACGAUCGCCGCCUGCAAGAGAGCAUUCAUGGAGGGCGUUUCCAAACUCUAAUCCCUUGGAACCAUGCUUCUUCUUUCCACCAUUUUCAAUCCCAAACGAGUUCGUCAUUCAACUUUCUAUACAAACGCUCCCUCGAAAACCCCAUGUCUUCAAACAUUGUUCAAAUCCGGCUUCGCUCCUACUCUGAAAUCCAUCAAUCACUACCUUCGUGUUCUAUAUCAGAGCCACAGAUUUAACUAUGUCAUCCAUUUCAUCUCUCAAAUGAACGCGAAUCAAAUCAAAGGAAACUCCAAAACUCACUCGAUUCUCACAUGGGCACUCCUCAAAUCCCACAAAUAUGAAGAAUUAGAGCAAAUCUUGAAGACCCAGAUGGCGGCGGCUUCAAAUUUUCAACGAAAUCGCUUAUGGAACUUGCUGAUUCGAGGGCUUUGUCUCGAUAAACAAGACCCGGAAAAGGCAUUGUGGGUAUUGCGGGAUUGCUUGAGGAAUCAUGGUAUUUUGCCUUCUUCUUUCACUUUUUGUGUGUUGAUUCAUAAAUUUAGCUCUCUUGGAUUGAUGAAUGAGACGGUUCAGAUUCUAGAGAUAAUGUCUGAUCAAAAUGUGAAUUACCCAUUUGAUAAUUUUGUCUGUAGUUCUGUAAUUUCUGGGUUUUGUAACAUUGGGAAACCUGAAUUAGCUUUGAAGUUUUAUGAAAAUGCUAAGGAAUUGGGGAACUUGAAACCUAAUUUGGUGACUUAUACUGCACUCACUAGCGCACUCUCUAAGUUGCAUAGAGUUAAUGAAGUUAAGGAUUUGGUUUGCAAAAUGGAGAACGAAAAUUUGGCAUUUGAUGUUGUUUUCUAUAGUUGUUGGAUUUGUGGGUAUGUUGCUGAGGGAUUGUUAUUAGAUGUGUUCAAGAGGAAUAGGGAAAUAAUUCAGAAGGGAAUAAAACCUGAUAUAGUGAGUUUUACGGUUCUGAUACACGGUCUUUCGAAGUCGGGAAAUGUCGAGAAGGCAUUUGGGGUUUUAGAGAGGAUGAAGAAAUCAGGAUUAGAACCAAGUUUGGUUACAUAUACGGUGAUUAUGCUCGGGUUUUGCAAGAAAGGGAAACUCGAGGAAGCGUUUUCUCUUUUCGAAAUGAUUAAAGGUUUGGAGAUAGAGGUGGAUGAGUUUAUGUAUGCAACUUUGAUUGAUGGAUGUUGCAGAAAAGGAGAUUUUAGUCGUGUUUUCGGUCUUCUUGAUGAAAUGGAAACGAGAGGGAUAAAACCGAGUAUUGUUACGUAUAACACUGUGAUUAAUGGACUCUGUAAACUGGGGAGAACGUCGGAGGCAGAUAGACUUUCGAAGGAUUUACAUGGAGAUGUUAUUACAUAUAGUACACUUUUACAUGGAUACGUCCAAGAACGGAACAUCGAUGGAAUUUUCGAAACAAAGACGAGACUUGAAGAUGCUGGGAUUUCUCUGGACGUUGUCAUGUGUAAUGUUAUGAUCAAAGCGCUGUUUAUGGUUGGCGCAUUCGAAGAUGCUUAUAUACUUUACAAGAGAAUGCCAGAAAUUGGUCUUGUUGCAGAUUCAGUUACUUACCAUACGAUGAUUAAUGGAUAUUGUAAUAUUAGUAGGAUUGAUGAAGCGCUCGAGAUAUUCGAUGAGUUCAAGUCGGCAUCAUGUGAUUCGAUGGCUGUUUACAAUGGUAUUAUGAAAACGUUAUGCAGAGAAGGUCUAGUUGAAAAGGCGUGUGAGGUCUUUAUUGAACUGAGCCCGAAAGUUUUGAGUUUGGAUGUAGGUGUGUAUAAGAUGCUGAUCCGAACCAUUUUUGAACAAAAAGGUGCAGCAGGGCUUUGUGAGGCACUGCACGGGAUGGAAAAUUUGGAGCGAGAUGUUUACGAUGUUAUAUGCAACGAUGCUAUUCGGUUUCUAUGCAAGAGAGGUUUCUCGGAGACGGCGAUUGAAUUGUGUUCAAGAAUGAGAAAAACCAGGUCGUUUCUCAAAACGAAAACAUAUUAUUUACUCAUAAAAGCAUUGAACAGUGAAGGAAAGACAUGGAUUAGUCUGCCCAUUUUAAGUAACUUUUUGAAAGAAUAUGGCCUAGCUGAGCCCAUUGUUAAGCAAACAAUUGCAGAUUUUCGAGGUAUGAAGUUCAAUCUUUCGACUUCGGAGAAAAUGGAAGAUAAAUUUUUAACGUGCGUGGUUCCUGAUACCAUGUUUAAAGUGCUAGUACGAGAAGGGAGAUUUUUCGAUGCUUAUAAUCUUGUGAUGAAGAGUGGAAGUAAUCUCUUGCCCGGUGACGUAUUUGAUUAUUCGAUUCUAAUUUGCGGUCUUUGUAAAGGUGGACGAAUGAUCGAGGCACUGGAUAUCUGCGUUUACGCCCAAACAAAUGGAAUAAAGUUGAAUAUCGUCUCUUACAAUAUUGUGAUAAAGGGACUGUGCCUUCAAAGUUGUCUUAUUGAAGCAUUUCGGCUCUUCGAUUCGCUCGAAAGAAUAGGCUUGAUACCUACGGUAAUCACAUAUGGGACGCUAAUCGAUUCUUUAUGUCGAGAAGGAUAUCUGGAAGAUGCAAGGCAGUUGUUUGAUCGGAUGAUCUCGAAAGGUCUAAAACCAAACACCCAUAUUUGCAAUUCAAUGAUUGAUGGUUACAUUAGGAUUGGUCAAAUUGAAGAAGCCAAUAAGCUUUUACGUGACACGGAGACCGAAGUGUUUAGUCCUGAUGAAUUCUCGGUGAGCUCGGCUAUUAAGGCUUAUUGUCGAAACGGUGACAUGGAGGGUGCUCUUUCAUCCUUUUUCGAGUUCAAGAAUAAAAACAUUUCACCUGAUUUUUUGGGCUUCUUGUAUUUGAUAAGAGGUCUUUGUGCCAAGGGAAGGAUGGAAGAAGCAAGAGAUAUACUCCUCGAGAUGGUACAGUCGCGAACGGCGAUGGAGUUGAUUAACAAGGUUGAUACCGAGAUUGAAACCGAGUCUAUAGAAAGCACCCUCACCCUUUUAUGUGAGGAAGGACGUAUCUUAGAAGCUUAUGCUGUUCUUAACGAAGUCGGCUCCAUAUUUUUCUCUUCUCAGAGGCGUUCUAUUGAUUACAGCCAACCUCAUAAACUGCAUAUAAAUGACAAGAAAUUUGUCGAUGUUGUUCGUUCGGGAACCUUCGAUGUUAACACGAUUGAAAACAUGAAGUACGAGGAUCGGGAAAAGCGGCCUCAUUUUGAGGACUUCAACUUUUACUAUCCUCUACUUUCUUCUCUUUGUUCGGAAGGAAAUAUACGAGAGGCUACUCAAUUAGCGAAAGAGGUAAUUUGCAAUUUGGAUAGAGGCUAAUUGUAAAGACGAAAAAAGAAAGAACUCGGCUUAUUCGGUGGAGUUUCGUUUCCGUUGGGGAAAGAAAAAGGAUUUCUGUUUCCCUUGGGCAAAAGAGGAUCUCUCGGACCUGGUCGGAGGCUGAUUGCAUCAUAGAAGCAGUCUCAAUUGUUUCACUUCAAGGAGUUUCCCCUCCGUUAUCGUGAAACGAGUAGCGUUUUCGCACAGCAACCGAUGUUAUUCGAAGGAACACAUCGGUUUCGUCUCAUGAGGCUCCAUCGUCCAGUGCGCUCAGAACGUGUUCUAUUCGAGUUUAGAAUGAAGCAGGAAAAGGUUUCCUGAGCCCAAAUCAGCAAUAGAUAGUAUUGGACAUUGCCUUGUGUCCUUGUGAAGUACUGAUGCAUUUGAUCUAGAUGGGCGACAUGAACAUUCUGCGCGUCCUCGACCUCGUACGACCAAGAGGCCCUUAUGGUGCCUGUUACCUAUCUUCUUCGAAGGGCUGCAAGGUUAUAACCGAACCGACUCGCUCCGACCGACAACUGCGGUAAUAUAGUGAUGUCGAGGCGUGAUCGAGAAAUUUAGAACACACCAUUUAUUUCAU